AUGGAGAUAAAAGCAGCUGUCAGAAGGUAUGAAACAAGAAAUAGGACAGCAGGAACAGAACUGUCAUCAUCCAAAUCCCGAGUUGACUGGAGACGCACUAAAAGGGAGCUCAUACUACUUGACAGCGAUGAUGAAUCCUCAGGUACCUCUGAGGAGGAAAAGCCUACCACUUCAGAAGAUGAGGAAGAUAAAAAAGAUGAAACCAUUGUGAAGAACAGCCUUUCAGAUCAGGAAGAGAAAAGCCACGGUGGGGAAGGAACAGAAGAUGGUGAGGAUGAGUGCAUCAUGCCUGGGAAGCGUAAAAGGCUGAACUCCUCUGUCUUGUAUGACAGUGACGAAAGUGAGGACAGUGAUAUACUUGUUAGAAAAGUUUUUGCUAAACGUCACUGUAUAAUGGAUGAAGAUGAGACUUAUGAAGAACAGCAACCUGAUAAAACCUGCCUUACAGAAAAUGCUUCUACUAACAAGAAACAGAAAGUGAUUGCAAGACUGACAGAACUUGCAAGACAAAGAGCGACUCGGAGAUCCUGCAGCAGUGAGAGUUGUGAGGAUUCUAAUGCUGAAGCAGAAACAGAAGAGGAACCACUCUGUCACUUGCCCCUCACACCAACAGAAGGUAGCGAGGCUGACAGUGACAGCAUGAAAGAUUUCAUAGUCGAUGAGGAGGAAGAUGAUGAGGGCAGUGACAACCGGCUACAGCGGAAGGAGCCACUGAAUCCAUCCAACAGCGAGCUGCUGGCGUACCACAUCCCACACUUGUCUCGCUGUGAUCAUUAUGUACACUUCAAAAGAAUAGUGAAGGCUUUCCUCAUAAAUGCAAUUGAUGACACUUUCCUGAGCUCAUUAUAUGAUGGGACAAGACAAAAGAAGUAUGCACAGGAUAUGUUGCUCUCACUUCAUUAUUUGGAUGAUCGCUUCAUUCAGCCUCGUCUUGAGAACUUAAUCUCUAGAAGUCGCUGGAAAGAUCGAUACAAGGAGCGUGUGGAUUGUUACCCAGAUGUUCGCAUAAUCUUGAAAAAACCCAAAAGUGUGUCUUGUCAGGCCUGUGAAUUGAAUCGAUAUUGUAAGUUUAAUGUGCUGCUCUCUGGGAAGCUUUAUAAUAGCAGAACUUUGGAAGUGGAUGACUUCAUGUCAGAUGACAAGCAGGUUUUGAGGGUUGGCGUGGUGUGUGCAGAUCGUACAAGGGUUUAUCAUAAUUUGAAGCACUUCAAAUACAAGUUGUAUGUGGAUUGCAGCUCCCUGACCGAGCUGGAUGGCCUAGAGGAUGAACCAGUCAAAGACACAGUCGAGCGGCUUUUCAGCCAGCUGGAAGACAGUGGGUGGAUUCAGAAGAGAUAUGAUGAUCUUGAAGACUACAUAAAUGAUGCAGACAAUUUUCAAGAAGAGAAAAUUGAUUAAGUGGUAAUACAGC